AUGGCUCCCUCUCCUAAUAAGAAUAUGCAUUUCUCGCCAUUGAAGGAAAGCGUUUCUCUUCAGCGAUCAUUAUCAGAAACUCCAAGUAUGCAAAUUAGACAGAGACGGAAGCUAAUAUCUCCAUCCUCGGUUACUUCAUUGAACUCCUUGAAAUAUAAUUCCCCAUCACCUACAUCUUUUGGAAAUAACGUGAAGGAAACAAACAAAGUCCUACUGGGUUAUGACCCAAUUUCCAAAAAGCAAAUACUAAACAAUUAUGAAAUUAUAAAGGAUUUAGGGACUGGACAACACGGGAAAGUGAAGCUUGCUAAAGAUACCAGAACAGGAGAAUUAGUUGCCAUUAAGAUCGUUAACCGAUAUGAAAAACGUCGGCAUAGUCUAACACCUAAUGCGCAAUCUUCAUUAGACAGAAUUAAGAAAGAGAUUGCAAUCAUGAAAAAAUGUAACCAUGAACAUAUUGUCAAGCUUAUAGAAAUAUUAGAUGAUUUAAAGUCAAGAAAAAUUUAUUUAGUUUUAGAGUAUUGCAAAAAGGGAGAGAUUAAAUGGUGUCCUCGAGAACAAUUGGAAAUCGAUUCAGCAGGGCCACCCCAAAUGUCGUUUCAAAGAGCAAGAGAAAUCUUGAGAGACGUUAUCUUAGGAUUGGAAUGUUUACAUCAUCAAGGUAUAAUUCAUCGUGAUAUUAAACCUGCCAAUUUGUUAAUCGAUCAUGAUGAUGUGGUGAAGAUUUCUGAUUUCGGUGUAUCAUUAGCAGCUACAGGUUCAAUCGAUAAUAAUGAUGAUGAAUUAGAGCUAACUAAAACUGUUGGAACACCAGUCUUUUUUUCACCUGAAAUAUGUUUAGGAACUGAGGCAAUCGAGAAAUUUAAUUUGGAGAGAAGUUCCUUCUCUAAUGUUUCAUGCAUUUCUUUCAAAAUUGAUAUAUGGGCUUUAGGUAUAACACUGUAUUGUCUACUAUUCGGAAAACUUCCAUUUGUGUCAGAAUUCGAGUUAAAAUUAUUUGACAAAAUUGUGAACGAUCCUGUAACUUUUCCUGAUUUUGAGGUACUACAAAAUAAUAAUAUUUCAAAUAUUGCAUCAUUUGAAGAGUAUGAAUUAGCUAAAGAUUUGUUAGAAAGAUUAUUAGAUAAAAACCCAACCAGUAGGAUUUCCAUCCAAGAUAUUAAAAAACAUCCAUUUGUUUGUUUUGAUUUUGACCACAUAACGAAUAAAGUAGGAGAAAUAAUACAGUAUAAGCAACAAGAAAAGAGUAUUUUCCAAAUGAGUCAAAAUGAUAAAAGCGAUCAAAUAUCUAUCUCUAGCAAAGAAAUUAGGAAUGCGAUAUCGGCUUUAAAAAGAGAUUCUAAGGGUUCAAUCCUAGAAGAUGAUAAGCCCUUAGAUGGGUCGUCUAUAAACAGUCCAACUAUCUCAAUCAACACUUCCAAUAACUCUUUAUAUUCACCAAAAUAUCUGAAUAAUUCGAAAAAUUCUAGUGACAAUAUAUAUAAUUUAGAGUUCAACAAUGUAGCAAAAGAGUCUGUGAUCGUCCCAUACCCAAUAGUCGAAGAGGCUCCUUCUAAAACCGCCCUCCAAGAAGAAUUAGAACAAUUUGACCAACAGUUUGAGAAAAAGACCAUAGUUGAUUUACCAGUAGAUUCGUCAUUUGCGUCGCUGGAUAGUUUUUAUGCCGAAACACAUGCAUCAAGUAAAUCAGACUUUAAUAAGCAUAUAUCUAAUAUUAGUCAACGUAAUGCUUCCCGUCUAAGGUUCACUCAGUCACCUUCAUUUGCAAUGAACCCAUUCCGGUCACCAUUUGAGCGGUCUGAAAGUAGGUUCGGUAGCACAUCUUUCUCUCAGAGAAAUACAAACGUCAGAAGCGUUGAUCCGCAACGAAAUCAAUCGGAUACAUAUAGCUCCAACGGGAAGAGUUUAGCGACUUCACCAAUAGGGGUCUCCCCAAAGUUUGGAUCAAAUGAGAAUGCAGACAAAAGUAAAGAGAUAUUUCCAAACUCUAAUACAAAUCCUAGAUAUGAUAGUGAAAAUAGUGGUAAUGAAAACAACAUCUUCAACGGUUUUGUUGCGCUAGAUGAACGAAGUGUUGGGCAAUCUUCGACAAGGACAAGCUCCUCUUAUUCGACAUAUUCACCCGGUUAUGAAAUACAUCCACCAUAUGAACAAUUUGGUAUAGAUUCCGAUAAUGUUAGUGUACUAUCAUUAGGUGACCUCAAUCGUAAAUUUUCUCCAAAUAAGUUUUCUACGAAUGCAAAGUCUUCAUCUGAGUCAGAAAAUAGCGAAGAUGACAGUGAAGAGUUAGUUCUACGAGUAGGAAAUUCCCGUCAUUCCAGGAGACAAAAUUUGGCUCCAUCUAAUUCGAUAUCGACAAAACCCUUUGGGGCUUCCUCCAUAUUAAUUCACGGCAGUUCAGAUAACAAGAAGGAGAAACUAACUAUCCUAGACUCAGAAUCAAGUGACCACUUUAAACUUACAGUAAAAAAAAUCCUUUAA